AUGACUUCUUUUGCGCCAUCAGUUUUGGGUUCAGAUAAUAUACCAAAAGCUGAAUCAUAUAUUCGUGAUGCACUUAAGCAAUUUCCCGGAUCUGAUUUCUUUUCAUUUUUUGAAGGGCGUAAUCUUCGAUUGAAACGAGAAAUAGAUGCGUCAACGAGUUCAUUCAAGUCGGUUAACCAUCGUCUUUCCACAGGAUUUGGAGCUGAACUAAGAAGAUUGUGUGAUUAUGAGUUGGGAAUGAAUUAUUCAAUGACGUUACAAUGGGAUAACGCUUUAGAAUGUUUUAAUAAUCUGGCAAAUGAAAAUUAUUGGAGCCCAGCUUUUUUCCGAUAUUUCCAAGCUGCUUGUCUUGAGAUGUUGAACAGGAAGGACGAGGCCAUCGCGUUGUACAAGGAAGUACCGACAUUGUCGGUACGUAAAUUUGGCGGAAGGCAAAUACUAGUAGAGCAAUAUGUAACGCGUAAAGUUAAACAAUACACGUCUAAAGAUUUCAAAAAUACUUUAUUGCCUGGUUUAGAAAUACUACUUAUAUGGAACGGAUUUGCUAGUAUGAAAGAACAAAGUUUAAUCACUUGCUUGGAAAUAGUUGAUUCGAGAUUGGUGAAUUUGGGCAUUAAUAAAAAAAAAUCAUCAUCGGUCUACACAAUAGAUUCACAUGCAAUAUUGCUUUUGAUAAAAGGAUCAAUACUAAAUCAACUUGGCAAAUAUACAGAAGCUUAUCACUGUUUCAAUUGGAUAUUUGAUCAUAAUGAUAAAAUUGAUGAAGAAAAAUACAUUUUGCCAUUUACAUACUGGGAAUGGGGAGUUGGGUUAUAUUUGAAGGGUAAAUAUGAUAAAGCAAGGUUGGCUUGGGAAGAAGCAUUAGAGUUCAAUGGAUAUGAAUUUGAAUUUAGGCUUGCAAUGAGAUUGCAUUUAUCAUUUAUGAAAUUAAAUGAUAUUUUACCAGAAAAAAAGAAAAAAUCUUUUAGCUUCAUGUAUUGA